AUGAGAGACAUUAUUGGUCGCAAGAGCACUAAAAACCCGAACCUUACGUGCCAGUGGGACUCGUGUUGUACCGCAGUGCCUCACAAGUGUGAGUUCUGCGGCAAGUCCUUCAAGCGUCCUCAGGACUUGAAGAAGCAUGUCAAGACCCACGCCGACGACUCUGUCCUCAUCCGCUCACCUCAGGAUCAGGCCAGCAAAGCUUCUUCUAGCUACUAUGACCAUAAUAGCCACAAUCAAACUAACUCGGCCGCCUUCUCUCAUCAGGACUAUAGACUUGCUAGCGACUCUGGCAGUGGUGCCCCGACACUGUCUCACUCCCUCGGAUUGUACUACGCACCCACCCGUGGCCCUCAGUAUCUCGGCCACCACGCCGCGGCUGGCGGCUUCGACACUCGCAAACGCGUCUACGACAUGGUUGAUGACUUCUUCGCCAGCGCCAAGCACCACCACGUGGACCCCUCUUCUUACUCUAGAGUCAGUCGUUCUCUAAUGCCUCUUCACGAGGCUCUCACUCUACAGACCGGCGACCCCAUACCCACUACCGAGCACAUAGCUUGCCCUCAGCACCCCGGUCCCAAUAUCGGUUACUACUUGCCACCCAUGUUCAACACGCGCACCAAGAACGACCUCUUCCAGAUCGACCAGAUCCUCGACCAGAUGCAGAGCACCGUGUUCGAGAACGCCAAUUCGGCCACCCACGGGAUCCAUGCCCGCGGCCAGAUCAUGUUUGAGUACCGCCACAACCCCUCUUCCCCCGGCGUGGGCCACCGCGGCAGCGCCGGCACCACCCCCAUGUCCCAGGACGACUACGCCGCCGACUCCGACACCCAUAUAGCCUUCCCGCAGGCCGCCAUCUCCUCCACCGGAACCCCGGCCAUAACCCCUCCCUCCAGCAACACAUCCUACGCCUCCGGACAGUCCCCGAGCCUCUCUUCCUCCGACAUGUCUCCCCACAGCACCGCCACGUCCGUCAUGUACCCCAACCUCCCCGUCGUCAGUUCCGUCUUCCCCGGCCAGUCCACCACCCCGACCCUAGGAACCAACUUCGACAACAACCAGCGCCGCAACUACGGCGGUGGCAUGCUCCAGCGGGCCAGCUCUGCGUCCGUCCGCCAUCGCUCCGAUACCUCCACCGUCACCCAGGUCAUGUCGAAGGGCACCCCCGCCUCCCUCGGCUCUCCCCCGUCCGAGUCGGACAUGAGCGAGAGGGCUUGUAAGCGCGAGGAGAGGUACGACCAGUGCGUAAAGAAUAUGCGCACCAUCGAUGCCCUGCGUGAGUACAUCCGCGAGCGCAUCGCCCGCAAGGACUUUGAUGAGAAGACCGACGAGCGCGAUGAGCGCCGGCAUUCCCCCGAUGCCAUGAACGUCGACUCGCGCAGGAUCACCUCGGCGGAGACUUCAGCCACUCCCCCGGCACCUGCAGCUCUUCUGUAUCCCAUCCUGCGACUUUCAAACUAA